AUGGGAGGCAAGACUGCUCAACAGCACGCCCUGGCAGGCCACGUGUCUGGCCAGUGUAACAAGCUAUUGAGUCGUCCGGCACAUAGCCUGUCCGUCGACGAUGUUCUGGAGGAACUGCGCGCGAGCCCGUCACAAGGGUUGACCGGCGCAGAGGCUGUCGAGAGGCUGGCCGAGUAUGGGCCAAACCAGUUGAAGGAAAAGAAGGGUGUGCAGCCCGUAGCCAUUUUUCUCGAGCAAAUCUUCAAUGCCAUGACUCUGGUUCUUAUUCUUGCCUUGGCUGCUAGUUUCGGCAUUGAGGCCUGGAUCGCCGGCGGCAUCCUAGGAGGCAUCAUUUGUGUCAACAUCGUCAUCGGAUUCUUUCAGACACUGCAAGCUGAGAAGACGAUUGAUUCACUGCGCACCCUUGGGUUCCCGACAUGCAACGUCUACCGAGACGGGGACACCAUCAAUAUCCAAACCGCCGAUGUGGUUCCCGGCGAUAUUGUUGACCUCAACACGGGAGACUCUGUUCCGGCAGAUAUUCGACUGAUUGAAGCAGUCAAUCUCGAAGCUGACGAGGCCCUCCUCACCGGAGAGGCGAUGCCCAUGUCCAAGAGUCCGAAAUUGACAUUCGACGAGGAUACCGGCCCAGGCGAUCGCCUCAAUGUCGUCUAUAGCUCCACCACAAUCACCAAGGGGCGUGGUCGAGGUGUAGUUUUCGCCACUGGCAUGUUUACAGAAAUUGGAGCCAUUGCCAGCGCUUUGAACAGCGAUGGUAAGAUCAUUGUUGACCAACAAGACAGCCGGCCUUCACCCCUGUCCUACGUCAAGCAAGCGGGGAGGAUGAUGAGGAACUGGAUUGGCGAGUUUCUGGGUCUGACUGUUGGCACCCCGCUGCAGAGGAAGCUAUCCCAGUUAUUCGUCUCCUUGUUUGUCUUUGCCAUCGUCUGUGCCAUUGUUGUGCUGGGAGCAAACAAGUUUGAUACGAGGAAAGACGUCAUCUUGUACGCGGUUACGACGUCGGUUGGCACCAUCCCCGUGUCUUUGCUGUUGGUUUUGACAGUUACCAUGGCUGCCGGUACCAAGAAGAUGGUGGAGAGGCACGUCAUUGUUCGCAACCUGCAGAGUUUGGAGGCAUUGGGCGGUGUUACCAACAUUUGUUCGGACAAAACUGGCACCAUCACACAAGGACGCAUGGUGGUAAGAAAGGCUUGGAUUCCCGGCUUUGGCACGUAUUCUGUGGACACAGGAAACCAAGUCUACAAUCCGACGGCUGGGGCAGUUGCUUUCACUGCGUCCCAACCCAAAGACAUUUCCCAAACGCACGAGAAACAAAAUAGAGAACAGCCCGUCGCACCUCAGGAUGACGCUCGUAACAAGACCUCGCUUCAGUGGUACCUCAGCAUUGCCUCCUUGGCAAACCUAGCCACUUUGGAGAAGGCGGAGGACACCGCUGAAGGCCCUGGGGAGUGGAAGGCUCGUGGCGCCCCGACUGAGAUUGCCAUUGAAGUAUUUACCUCGCGCUUUGGAUGGAGCCGCGUUCAGUUGUCCGAAGGGGAAAAGAAGAAGUGGCAGCAUGUCGCUGAGUUUCCGUUUGAUUCAGAUGUGAAGAAGAUGUCAGUCCUGUUUCGGAGCUGUCAGUCGCAGCAAACACAUGUCUUUACAAAGGGAGCGGUUGAGCGAGUCCUCGAAAUCUGUGACCGCAUUUCAUUUGACGAUGCCGUCGAACCACUUACAGAAACCAUCAAAUCGAAUAUUCUUGACAACAUGGUCUCCUUGGCCGGGCAAGGUCUUCGUGUUCUCGCAUUAGCCCAUAAGCCCUUGGACCGCGACGUUUCCGAUGCCGAAUUUGCACAUGGCAGCUCCCCAGACCGCUGCGAGUUCGAGCAGAAUCUCAUUUUCCGCGGCCUCAUCGGCAUAUACGAUCCUCCGCGAAGCGAAUCUCUGCCCAGCGUCAAGGCUUGCCAAGGAGCCGGCAUCAUGGUGCACAUGCUCACAGGCGAUCACCCGCAAACAGCGCGCGCCAUUGCCAUGGAAGUCAAUAUCCUUCCCUCCGAAGACAAGAUUCGCAUGCUCCCCGCCGACAUGUCUCGCACUCUCAUGAUGACCGCUCAGGAAUUCGACGCCCUGUCAGACAGCCAAAUCGACAAUCUUCAGCAGCUCCCACUUGUCGUGGCCCGUUGCGCGCCCAGCACAAAGGUUCGCAUGAUUGAAGCCCUCCACAGACGAGGCCGCUACGUUGCCAUGACAGGCGACGGCGUCAAUGACAGUCCUAGUUUGAAACGUGCAGAUAUCGGUAUUGCCAUGGGCACGGGAUCAGACGUGGCCAAAGAGAGCGCCGACAUCGUGCUGACCGAUGACAACUUUGCGUCGAUCCUCAAUGCCGUCGAGGAAGGACGCCGGAUCUUUGACAACAUCCAAAAGUUCAUAUUGCACGUGUUGGCGGCGAAUAUUGGCUUUGUGGUUUCAUUGCUCACCGGACUGGCAUUCAAGGACGGCUCCGACGUGUCCGUCUUCUUGUUGACGCCGGUUGAGAUUCUGUGGAUGCUUAUGGCCACCGGGGCUUUCUGUGAAACCGGGCUGGGAUUUGAACGCGCGGUCCCUGACAUCCUCAACCGCCCCCCUCAGAAUCUCAAAUAUGGCGUCUUCACCCGCGAGUUCCUCCUCGACAUGGUCAUCUACGGCGCCCUCAUGGCCUGCUGCACCAUCGGCUCCUUCACCGUCGUCGUGUUCGGCUUCGACAAUGGCGACCUCGGCUCCGACUGCAACAACAAAUACUCGUCUUCCUGUGAAGCCGUCUUCCGCGCACGCGCAACGAGUUACACCACCAUGACGUGGAUCUUCCUCCUCUUCGCGUGGGAGCUCAUUGAUUUCCGUCGAUCGCUGUUCGAUAUGCCGUAUGGGUUCAAGGCAUGGCUGGCGCAUUUCUGGAGUAACAAGUUUUUAUUCUUUUCCGUGAUAGUUGUUUUUGUCAUGGUCUUUCCUACACUGUACAUCCCAGUUAUCAACGACGUGGUGUUUAUGCACAAGGGAAUUUCGUGGGAGUGGGCAGUGGUGUUUAUUGCGGUAGGGGUCUACCUGGCUGGGAACGAGGGCUGGAAGUGGGCGAAAAGGGUGUAUUAUAGGAGGCAGGGCGUAGAGAGGGUGGAUUGGGAGGGCGAUGUAUAG